AUGAAGGUUAUAGCUACGUGGAUAGAAACGGAGGAUUAUAUAAAGUUAUCGUUAUGGAGCAUAAUUGAGGGAGAAGAGAAGUUAAAAGUCGAUAAAGAAUAUGAAGAUUUCCGACUCAACUACAAACUUUAUCCGAAAGAAGCCGACGAAUUUUCAUAUCCCCGUUUAGCUAUAUCUGAUAGCAAACAUCUUGUAUUGCAUCUGAAAAAUCCACAUAAAAAUAACAAAUAUAACAUUGAUGUUUAUAAUUUGAAGACGAAAAAACAAAAUAAGUUGAAUGCACCAGAUUUUGAGGGAGAGAUGGACAGUUGGAACUUCGUUGAAAAUGAUGAUUUCGUAGUUGUUAAAGGAAAACCUGUAUACCGUGCUUAUAUAUUUUCCAACGACAACAUUGACACCGAUAAAUGGAAUUGCAAAAGAGUGAUUGAAUUGCAAUAUUUUGCAUGGAGUUACAUAGAUUUUAACGGAAAAUUAUUUUUGACCAUUGACAGCACUUUGAUUUUGACGCAAUGGAGUUUAAAGGAAUUAAUCCUCGAACAACAAUACAUGUUAGAAACUCCUAAACGCUGUAGAAUUGUACAAAAUAGCAAUGCCACGUUGCUGGUGAUCCAGGAAUCGGAAAUAUCAUUUAUCUAUUCAAUGGAACUUGGGAUGAGAUUGAGUCGAGUGGAAGAACCGGAUUCUAUGAUAUAUUUUAUCGGCCCAAACAUCGGGGAGCGAAUAAUAAUAAUAAGUACAUGGGGAGGAAAUUGCAAAAUAAUUAACCCUUAUUCCCCUUAUUCUCGCGGAAAUCUUAGAGACGCGACAGAACUUCUCGAGAGUGCGAAGAUCAAUAUCGAUAGACCAUACGUCAUAAAAUAUGAUAAAAUUAUUGGUUUAGAUGUACAAUCGGAAGAACAGGAAAAGAGCUCGCCACUAUGUAUUCGGCCCUUAAUAGAAAGUAAUUGGAUUAAACAUUUAAGAGAUAAAUUAGGAGAUUGCGAUACUUUCGGCUCUCCAUACGAAGCUACACGAGUCAAAGAGGAAGUUAAACGGGCCAAAGAAAUCAUUCAAGAAACAGUAAAAUCGGGAAGAAUGAUUGAAGAACGUGUAGAUUAUACCAGUAGGGAGGCCAUUCCCGCCAUAAAAAUCAAGGGGGCUUUACUAGAAUGGGACUUAAGAGUCGACAUAGAUUACGAUGGCGAUUAUCUCAAAUUG